UUCCGAAGGAAAACAAAGUGGAUUGAACUGGAAGCUAAGGUUGCCAAGAGCUGUAGUUCAUCAUCUGGUACCAAUUUUUCAGCUGUCGGGCGGGUGGUUUGGAGAAAAUGUUGAUACUUUAAGCCCGUGCUCUGGCGUUGCAGAAAACCAAGAAACACUCGCAUAAAAACAAAUAAACUUCAAAGAUAAGCAAGAAACAAAAGCAAUAUGUCCGCAGAAUCGGCUGUUUACGAGGCGCUGAUGUACGCCUGCAGUCAGGAUGCUCAAAUGCUGAAACCAGCCGAGCAAAAGCUAGCGGAAUGGGAAAUACAACCAGGGUUCCACCUGACGCUGGUGAAAAUAUUUUCCGACCAAACGCUUGACGCAAACGUUCGAUGGAUGGCGUCGUUGUAUUUUAAGAACGGUGUACUAAAGUACUGGCGUAAGAACGCUCCGAAUGGGAUAGCACCGGAGGAGAAACAGGAAAUAAAGCAACAACUGCUACAGAAAUUCAAUGAACCCGUCCAGCAGAUAGCAGUACAGAUAGCGGUCCUUAUUGGCAAUAUUUCGCGCUACGAUGGCCCCUCGGAAUGGCAGGAACUGGUGCCAACGCUCGUGAAGGCGGUACAAAGUGAAGAUUCGCUGGUCCAGUUCCGGGGGCUUCUGGUACUGCUUCACGUCGUCAAAGUGCUCUACUCGAAGCGAUUGCAGCGCGAUCGCCACCAAUUCCAGCUUCUUACCUCAACGCUGUACGAUUUCGUGCUGAACCUCUGGGAUGGGUUUACGCAGCUGUUCUUCAAGAACAUUUGCGAACAAAAUUGCGCCAUCGAAGAGUGCGCCACCAAUCUGGAGAAAGCCAUCAUCUCCCUGCGCAUUCUGAAGAAACUGACCAUAUACGGCUUCACCGUGCCGCACCAGUCGGAAAGCUGCAUGAUGCUGUUUAAGGUUGCAUUUCAACGGUUGAAAGAUUUGUUGGAGUGUCGGUUGCGUGUGAAACGAUUGCACCAGGGGGACGGUGGCGUGCAGCCACCCAACAGUGAAGCAAUCGAGCUGGCCCGCAAGCUCACCGGCAACGUGGAGAAGUUUAUCGUGAAGCACAUGAAGUUUAUGAAUCUCUUCUACGAGCAGCAUCCGGCCUCGUUCGUGGAGUUUGUGCCGACAUCGUUCGAGUUUUGCUUCAACUACGUGUUCCACGAGGGCACCAAUCUAAUCUUUGAGGACAAUGUCAUCACUUUUCCCAACUUUGCCAUCCAGUGCCUUGGUCUGCUGAAGGGUAUCCUUUCGCAGAACAUUGUCUAUGUGGAGCAGGCGAAAGAGCGCAUCAACAGUGCGAAGGUGGAUUUUUUUACGCCGGAGCGACUGACCUACAUAUUCGAGAAGAUAAUCGUACACUAUUUUCUGCUCACGCCGGAAGAAUUCGAACAGUGGGACACGGAUCCGGAAGCGUAUACCUCGGACGAAGGGGGCGAUUCGUGGAAGUUUAACCUUCGUGCUUGUGCCGAAGCGUUCUACAUGAUACUAUUCCAAAAGUACAGUCCCCAGCUGAUUCAGGAACUACAGAAAUACAUAUCGAAAUCACAAUCGAUAACGCUCACCGAGAACUCCGACCUGAACGAUCUGUUGAUAAAGGACUCCAUCUACAAUGCCACCGGGCUGGCGGUGUUUAGCUUGUUCGAUGAGAUUAAUUUUGACGAAUGGUUCACCCAGCAGCUGCUGGACGAGCUGAAAUUUAAAUCCCACAACUUCCGAAUCAUUCGAAAGCGUAUCAUCUGGCUGGUCGGGCGAUGGACCAGCGUUAGGUUUUCGAAAGCACUGCGACCACAAGUGUACCGAGCCUGUUUGGAGCUGCUACACCCGACGGAGGAUCUUGCCGUUCGCUUGACAGCAUCAAAAACUCUUCGUAGCAUCAUGGACGACUUUGAGUUUGUGGGCGAACAGUUCAUGGAGUUCCUUGAGCCAGCGAUCGCACUGCUCUUCGUGCUCCUGAAGGAAGCGGUUGAGUGCGAAACCAAGAUGACCGUGCUUCACGUGAUGACGUUCAUCAUUGAAAAGAUGUCCAUGUCCAUGCGAAUCGACGUGCAGAGCCUAGUUCACUAUCUUCCGCUGCUGUGGGAAGAGAGCCGCGACCACAACAUGCUGCGUUGUGCAAUCAUAUCGACUUUGUUGCAGAUUAUAAAAGCCUUGUACGAAAUACCUCCCUCCGAGCAGAUAGUUUCCUUCAUCUACCAGAUUAUCGAGAUGAGCACGAACGUGAACGAACCGUCGCACGUGUAUCUGCUCGACGAGGGGCUGGAACUGUGGGUUGUGGUUGUACAUUACAGUCGUACGAUGAACCAAGAGUUGGCUAAUCUGUGUGAAAAUAUAGUACCUCUGAUACAGCAAUCCUCUAGCAAUAUGCCCAUGUGUUUGGCAAUUGUACAGGCGUACAUAUUUCUCGAUGCGGAUCAGUUCCUACCGCGGUAUGGGCCGGAGGUUGUAAAAGCUUUACAGUAUGUGCUGACGGAUCUUCGCGUCGAGGGCGUGGUAUUGAUCAACCGGUUUUUCCUAACGCUACUGCACGCCGCCCCAAAGUAUGGCAUCGAGCUGUUGCGACCGUACAUGGUUGAUGUUUUUCGUGCGUACUAUCAACAUUCGGAGUACCCACAAGUGCAACAGGUGUACCUGCAGCUCAUCUCGCGGGUGCUGAUCAACGAUCAGGUAACGUUCAGCGUCAUCCUGUCGGAGAUGGGCGCUCAGGAUGCGCUGGAGAAAAUUCUGACCCACUGGCUCGAGGGUAUGCACAUGGUAACAAGACUCGACGAGAAGAAGCUGCUCGCGUUGGCCCUCGGCAGCUUGCUGCCGUUUUCGAACGAGGUAAUCUUUGAGAACUUUGGCGGAAUUUUGACGAACAUCACCGAAACAUUGAACGAUAUAAUGAACGAGGACGAGCAGACGGGGACGAAGGUUGAUACCCUUGUUCUCACAGAGGACAAUGACGAUGAAAUUGGGAAUACUUUGUACGGAUACGGGUUCAUUGAUUCGGACGUGUUUCACGACGAAACACCUCACUUUACGCGGUGCCGAUCGAUCUGCAUGCGAGAUCCAACGCACGUGAUAGUGCUGAAGGACUAUCUGCAAAAUCAGUUGAUUGUUCUUAAAAACAAUGUCGGUGCUGAACGCUAUCAAUCGCUGAUGUCGCACGUCGAUCUGCAAAUUCUGAAAGAGCUGAGCGAUUUCGUGGUGCUCGGUAUAGAUCUGCCUGCGAGUGGCGGUGCGCAGCAGCAGUAGAACGAUGGCCACCCGUUCAUAAUGGCGAACCAGGCAGCAUACCACAGUUCCGUAUGCAGCUGUAAAAAACCAUUUCCAUUUAAAUCCAUGCAUCUACUCUCUACUUUAACGUUGAAUUUGCGGUACACAAUUCGUUCGUCAUUUUACGGUGCGGUUUUUAUUUUUCGAACGCUCUUUUUCUAACAUUCUUCUUUUUUUUCUCGUCCGCAAGAUGUAAGCUCAAUUUCUAAAUCAUAUAAUCAGCAUCCAUUCAGUAUACUCAUCUAUAGGGGCGCGAUUGUUAAAUAUUGAACUUAUUUAAUAAAUUACACGUCUACACCUUU